AUGUACACCCCCCCUCUCUCUCUUCCUCACACACUCCCUCUCUUUUUAUCAUCUCUUUUAUCAAUUUUAUCGUUUUUCUCAUUCGCCCCGCCUCCUUUAUUUUUUUUGAUAUUCUUCCUUCUUUUCUUUCGGACACUGCAACACUCUGUUAAUUUUUCUUCCUUUCUUCCUCUCUCCCUCUCUCUCUCUCUCUCUCUCUCUCUCUCUCUCUCUCUCUCUCUCUUACAUUAUUUACUUUCAUGCUUUCAUUCGUCUGUUCUUUUUCCUCCCUCUCUCAUACUUCUUCCUUUUUAUUCAUUUACCUCUGAUCUUUUUUCUUUGCCAUUUGAUUUUUAUUUUAUUUUCUGUCUCCAAUUUUUUUCUUUCUUUCUUUCUUUCUUUCUUUCUUUCUUCUUCUUCGUCUUCUUCUUCUUCACCCUAACUCACCAACAUUUCUCUUCCUUCUCUCUUUCUUUCUCUUUUGUUUUCUUUGUUUUUUUUCUUUCUUUCUUUCUUUCAUACACUUUCCUUUUCCAUUCCAACCUUUCUUUUGCUCCUUUCUUUAUUUCAUUCGUUUUCUCUCUAUCACUCUCUCUCUCUCUCUCUCUCCAGUUCCCCCUCGUCCUUAUCUCUUUAGCUUUUUCCUCUCUUCUCUCUUUCUCUCUUUGA